GACAUUUUUGCACAGUUAGCCUUAGUUAUCUCUUCCUCUUAUUGAUGACAUGUUCUCUGUGGAUUGCGUCUGCUAAACUUGCUUCAGCGCCUGAGGAUAAAACCUUCGCUAGAUGUCCGGGGAUUUAGGUUUUCGUUUCAGCACGGACUGUUCCAGAUGCUGGAGGAAGGAGAACUUGUAGUCAAGUUGAUUUAAAGAUGUUCUUCCUCCAGAUUUAUUCAGUUUAUCUCACUUAACGAGCUGAACUUUGGUGCAUGGUUGCAUUAAAUCAAACCAUGGUUUCAGAAAAAUGAGCUAAGUGGACUAUAAAAGUAAUGCCUGGAUACAACAUGAGGUAUUCCAAGGUUAAAGCAACUGGCAAGAUUAGUGCUCAACAAGCCACUUUUGAGUUAAAGCAGCGCAUAGUUCUUUCCUUGAACAAAAUAGCAGAUAAAGACACAUAUCAAAUUGGCAAAGAUGACUUGGAGAAAAUUGCUGAGAGUUUAACAGUGGAUGGAAUUGGACCAUUUAUUUCCAUCAUAGUUGAUACUGAUUCUGAGCAAAAAAGUGCAGUUCGCAAGGAAUGUAUAAGGAUCAUGUCCUUGUUGGCAAGGAUUCAUGGGGAGCAGUUAGGGCCAUACAUUGGGAAAAUGGUCAACAGCAUUGUAAGGCGACUUAAGGACUCAGAUUCUAUUGUGAGAGAUGCUUGUGUAGAAACAGUUGGUGUUUUAGCUUCAGUCAUGAUGCAGUCACAGUCUGUUGGAAACUGUCCAAAAGAAAGUGGAGCCACCUUUGUUGUCUUUGUGAGACCACUAUUUGAAGCUCUAGGUGAGCAGAAUAAACAAAUACAAUCUGGUUCCGCCUUGUGCCUUGCUGCUGUCAUCAAUAACUCUACAGAUCCCCCGGUGGCAAUUCUGCAGAGGCUGUUAACUCGGGUCAUCAAACUGCUUAGAAAUCAGCAUUUUUUAGCAAAGCCAGCACUUCUUGAGCUUGCUGCAAGCUUAAUUCAGGGUGGGGGUGCUUCAACAGCACAUAUUCUAUCUACGGCUUUGACUGCCAUCCAAGAAUCUCUCAAGGACAGUGAAUGGUCGACGCGUAAGGCAGCAUCUGUGGCACUGGCACAUAUAGCCAUAAACUGUGGCCCUUCAUUGAUCUCAUUCAAGGCUUCCUGCAUUGCAUCUCUUGAAUCCUGUCAAUUUGAUAAGGUUAAGCCAGUUCGAGAUAUAGUCGUGCAGACUCUACAAUAUUGGAGAAGUAUUCGAAAUGCUGAUUCUCCUGAUUUUUCAGAAGAUGGGUCCUCUGCAAAAGAAAAUUGUUGUGAGGGUGAUAACAUGGAUCAGAGUAGCAUUGGUGGUGGUGGUGGUGGUAGUGGGUGGAAAGAUAUCCCUCUUACAUCUGGUGAUUCUACUUCCAAGGGCAAGAGUACCAUUAGAUUGGGAGGUAGAAGCCCUUUAAGUAUCAGAAAAGCAUGUUCAAAUCACGUACGCAAGGCCCAUUUCUCAAAUGAAGAUGAUUGGCAUGUUGAGAUUGCAGUUCCAAAGACUUGUCCUCUCCUUUCAGCAGACAGAAGAAAUGAAGAGUCACAGGGAAGCUGUAUCACUAAGGCCUCAGUUAGAACAAAAUCAGAAGCGAAAAGAAUGCCCGAUCCAGGUUACAUCAUGCAGAUUAAUGAUGCUCACAAUCCUGAGUGCCUGUGCAUAUCUGAUGUUACAGGGACCAUAGAGGCCAAAAGUAUGAAAGUUGACCAUAAGCUUCUACAAAAUGGAGGACUGAAUAAGGUUGGAAUUUGUGAUUGGCCAAUAGCUAUUGCAAGUUGUCCAGAGGACCAGACUGUACCUCAGAAAACUGGGGAAAGAAAAAGCCUAGACUCUGUUGUCACUGAAUGUUGUUCUCCAAGUGUGGAGGCCUGUUCAACAUACCAUGCCAAUGAGUUGGCUCUCAUUCGAAGACAUCUUCUGGAGAUUGAGAAUAAGCAGUCAAAUUUGUUGAAUAUUUUGCAGGUCUUCAUGGGAAGCUCUAUGGAGAGUUUAUCUGCCUUGCAAUCAAAAGUGCUUGGACUUGAAAGUACAGUGGAUAAAAUUGCAGCUGACCUUUCUCAUAUUGGAAAUUCUUUGUACACUGUGAACACCAGUAGUUGGAUAAAGAGUUUAAGCAAUUCAUCAUCUCCUAGAGUGUCCACAUACAGCUGUCAGACACCUCAGGAGAAGAUGUUUGCUAGGGGGCAAUCAGAAGGUUACAAACAGCAGGUUGAAUUGAAAAGCAGGCCAAGGUCCUUUUUCAAGCAGGUUCAAGAGGUAGAUCUUUGUCCAAAUCCUACAGUCAAUGUAACCAGAAAGCCUUCAGCAAGACCUGCUAAAGAAACUUUAGCUUGUGGGCUUCGCAGGAAGGUAUCAUACACAAAAAGCUCUGAAGGAUGCCAUUCUCUGUCAUCUAAGAUCAGCAAAGGUGUCUCAGAGAGUUACAAGCCACUUGAUUUGGUGAAAGAUCGUGGGCAUACCAUGUGGAAACACAUUAAUGAAUUCCUGUGUGUUGAUGAUUUUGAGUCUGCUUUCACAGAAGCUCUGUGUGGUGAAGAUGAGAGUACUCUUAUAAAACUUAUGGAGAUAACUGGUCCUGUCUUGGAUAGACUGUCACCAGGAACGGCCAACAAAAUACUUAGUAUUGCAGCAGCUCUUUUAGUGAAAGAUAUGUUCCUAGAAUGUCUACUUCCCUGGUUGCAACAGGUUGUUGAUCUUUGUACUAAUGGUAAGUCGAAUUACUUUAUGCCAUCUGCAAAAGCAAGGAGGGAGUUACUAACAGCUAUACAAGAAGUAGCAGCAAUGCAUUUUGCAGAUCCAGAAGAGAAGAGGUGCAUUGCAAAACUUGCACUGAAGCUGACUCAACUCUAUGAAACAACUGACAGAGACCUCAACUCCCGGUAGCGGAUGAUCAGCAGAUGCAGAAAGCUUGCACAGUGGGCACCUAUGGGUGAAUGACUGAUAAUAGUGUUCUAUUGAUGCACGGGAACACUGUUGGACAAGUGAAGGAGUCCAUAAAUGUUGUUUAGUAUCCAAGGAAGGCUUUUGUACUCUGUAAUUGGGGUAGGACCCAAACAUGCUUGACGAUGUAAAUUAAGCUUUUUCAAAUCACCAAGCUUCCAACGA